AUCCAGUGUCGGCGCGACGGAGAGAGUCACGUGGCGUGGAGGGUCGUGGCGGACACGUGGCGGGCGAGUCGGAGUGGCACGCGGUGCUUCGAUCUUCCUUCCAUUCGAGGAUGGCAGACCAUGGAGAGAGGCGGUUUGGCAGGGGUCGUUCCAUGCUGCCCCCAACCGAGCCCAAACCCCCAGAGACUCCACGUCCUACCCAGCACAGCCUGGAGCAGCAGCCAACUACGGCAGGGGCAGCCUAUGACCAAAUGCAGGUUCCAAGUUAUGGACGGCGUAGCACUUUGCUGGCCAGCCUGCAGCACAGACCCCCAGGGGCUCUGGGACCUGGCCUCAGCAUUUUUGGUCGAGGAAUUUUAUCAGCUGGGAAUGCUGGAAGACAGGUCGCCCAAGGGUUACAGGAAUCAAAACCGUCGGUGGCUUCGUCAAGCAGUGGACUAUACAGAGGUGCAGAAACGGAGCCGAUCGGUAAAGAAGUUAUUAGCUUCGGACGAGGCGUAAUACAGCAGGGACUUCUUGCUGCUCCCGUUGUUACUGCUGCCUUGGAGAGGGGUGAUCAUGGAUUGUCUUUGCUUCCAAGCUCAUCUGGGGUCUCGUAUAUUGGGCCCAGCAGGGCUACCCUGCCAUCUCCUGAAAGGGCCCAUUUGGCUCAACAGGAAAGUGUCCUUCAUGAAGGUCGAGGAAUUUUCUCAGCUGGGAAUGCUGGAAGACAGGUCGCUCAAGGGUUACAGGAAUCAAAAUCGCCGGUGGCUUCGUCAAGCAGUGGACUAUACAGAGGUGCAGAAACGGGGCCAUUCGGUAAAGAAGUUAUUAGCUUUGGGCGAGGGGUAAUACAGCAGGGACUCCUUGCUGCUCCCGGUGCUACUGCUUCCUUGGAGAGGGAUGAGCAUGGAUUGGCUUUGCUUCCAAGCUCAUCUGGGGUCUCGUAUAUUGGGCCCAGCAGGGCUACCCUGCCAUCUCCUGACAGGGCCCAUUUGGCUCAACAGGAAAGUGUCCUUCAUGCAGUGUUAGGUGGACGGGGAAGGUCCAUCUCUUCCCCCACGUCCUCUCUGGGACUGCAGACUCCCUCCGAGACUUCUCGCCAGCCGCAGUCCACUUCGGUGGAAUCAGGCAGCUCUACCUCCCUGGAGUCAACCUUCAGCAAGCUGUCCGUUGCCACGCUCCCUGUCGAGAAACCUAUACAAAAAAUCGGAACCUAUGGGUCUCCUCUGGAGAUUGCAACAAAUUACAUCCGUUUGAGGUGCUCCAACGAAGCCAUCUACCAGUAUCACGUGACAUUCAGCCCUGAAGUGGACAGCACGAAUACUCGCUUUGGCUUACUUAACGAGCACAAGUCGGUGAUCGGCAACACGAAAGCGUUUGAUGGGUGUGUCCUGUAUCUGCCUCGUAAACUCGACGACAACCUAAACCUCACUUCCAAGCGAAAUUCAGACGGAGUGGAGAUAACCCUGUCCAUCAAGUGCACCAAGAUCAUUGAGCCAGAUUCAGACCUCUGUCUGCCCAUCUACAACAUCAUAUUUAAAAAGAUAAUGCGAUUGCUGGAAUUAAAGUUGGUUGGAAAAAGUUUCUUGAAUCCUCGAAAGCCAAUCGUCAUCAACAGAUACAGAAUUCAUAUUUGGCCUGGCUACAUCGUUGCUGUGCAAAAGAAAGACGGUGGAUUGAUGCUGAUGCUCGAUGUGUCCCAUCGAGUUUUGCGCAUGGACAGCGUGCUGGAGGUCAUGACCCAUCUGUACGAGAGCUGCCACAGCGGCGCCAACUUUCAGGAGGAGUGCAUCAAGGCCUUGGUGGGCCAAGUGGUCAUCACGCGGUACAACAAUCGCACCUACCGCAUCGAUGACAUCGCCUGGGACAAGACACCCAAGAGUACCUUCCUCAAUUCGGCUGGGAAAACCAUGUCUUUUGUUGAGUACUACAAGACUCAGUACGAAAUUACAAUAGAUGACCUUGGGCAGCCACUGCUCUUGCAUCGAGCAAAACAAAGGAAUCAGGCAGAUGAUCAGGUGGCGAUUCAGACCAUUUGCCUCAUCCCAGAGCUCGCCUAUAUGACUGGCAUCACCGACCUGAUGAGGUCAGACUUCAGCAUGAUGAAGGCAAUAUCUGAGCAGAUGCGCCUUGGGCCAUCCUUGAGACACAAUUCUGUCAUGGAGUUCAUCAGCACUGUGGAGAAUAAUCCUGAAGCCCAGCAGGAGCUAUCAAACUGGGGCCUGCAAUUGGACAGUGACAUUUAUAAGUUGAGUGGCCGCCAACUCCCGCCCGAGAUGAUUCGACUGCAGUCCAAGGCUUUUGCGGUUUCGCCUGAAGCUGAUUGGACACGCCAUAUUGUCAACACCCCCUGCAUCACGGCCGUGGCGAUGAAGAACUGGCAGGUGCUCUGCACGCAGCGGGACUCGUUUCUCGUGCGCGAGUUUGUGAACAUGAUGUGCAGCGUGGGGCCUCCGAUGGGCCUCGUAAACCAAUUCCCCAACAUAAUAGAGCUGCCGAACGAUCAGACCAAGACCUACGUCGACUGCAUCCGCAAGAACUACAGCUACUCCCAGGGCGUGCAGAUGAUCAUGUGCAUCUUUUCCACAUUGCGGGACGACCGCUAUAGUACUGUGAAGCAAGUCUGCUGUGUGGAGCUGGCGGUGCCAUCGCAGGUGGUGCAGACGCGCACAAUCAGCCAGCAGAAAAGAAUGCGCAGCGUGGCUCAAAAGGUGGUGCUGCAGAUGAACUGCAAGCUGGGAGGGGAGCUGUGGAUUCUUGACAUCCCGCUGAAAAACAUCAUGGUGGUUGGAGUUGAUGUUUUCCACAACGUGGUGCUCGGAAAGCAAUCUGUGGUUGGCUUUGUGGCCAGCAUGAACAGAUCCGUGAGCCGCUGGUACUCGCGCGUCGUGCGACAGUCGACGGCCCAGGAGCUGGUGGAUGGACUCAAUCUGUGCAUGACCUCGGCCAUUAAGAAAUACUACGAGCUAAACCACUUCCUCCCGGAGAAGAUCAUCAUGUACCGCGACGGCGUGUCUGACAGCCAGCUGGCAAUCGUGCGUGACUUCGAGGUGAUGCAGCUGACCAACGGCUUCAGGACCUUUGACCUGUCGUACCAGCCCAAGAUGCUGGUGGUUGUGGUACAGAAGCGGAUCAACACCAACAUUUUCUUCAACAACAACGGCGCCAUGGAGAACGCGCCUCCCGGCAGCGUGCUGGACACUGUCGCCACCAGCCAAGAGUGGUUUGACUUCUUCCUGGUAUCGCAACACGUGCGUCAGGGCACCGUUUCCCCCACGCACUACGUGGUGAUCUUCAACAGCCUCAUGCUUGGCGCAGACCACAUUCAGAGGCUAACGUACAAGAUGACUCACCUGUACUACAACUGGUCUGGCACUGUCCGUGUGCCAGCUCCGUGCCAGUAUGCCCACAAGCUGGCUUCGUUGGUUGGGGAGAAUUUGCACAGCGAUCCAGAUCCAGGCCUGUGUGACAAACUCUUCUUCCUGUAAUUCCACACAACAAAAAAGCGGCUGGCCAAAGAGAUGAGCUUUAUUUGUAAUCGUAGUCGUAUUACUGAUUAUACCCUUUUUUCACCCAUGCAUAUCUUACCCGUACAUCUCUUCCAUUUGAAUCUUUUGUGACUGCAGAAAUCCAUACUCUUUGGUUCUUUCGGUAAAGUCACGUAGGUAGAAAAAUAAUAGAUGUUUGUUUUUUUGUUCACAAAUAAUUCUAUGAUUUUGCACGGUCGUUGUUGUUAAAUUUACGACUUUAAGUGUGGCAUUUUUUGUCUAAUUGGCUUUAAAAAGGUGGGGGGGGGGAGUUAAAAUAGCAGGUUUAUUUUAAACAAUGGGCUAAUUUAAGAAAUGUUUUAAGUUUUUGCCAUUUCAAACCCCAAACUGCCACCACCAACCGUCUACCGCUGAUUCUUUAUUGGCUGACCUGUGAUCAGUGUUGUCCUCGACAAUGUACAUCACCGGCUCGUGUGCCUCGAUCCCCCUUCUGGGAUCGCGCUAUUAGAAUCUUAGAAAUCUCACUCAGAUCUGAAAGAACGCUGGCCAACAAGAGUGGAACAAUGUUGACAUCCAGAAUAAACGCCUCGUUCGAAACCCAAACGUCACACCCCCUCUCAGGGCUUUGAUAUUCCUCGAAGACACUGGUGUACCAUCAACCGCAUCAGCACAACACGCAGAUGAGCACAUCUCUCAUGAAUUUAAAAACAAAGACAAAUCUCAGUGCGAAUGGCCAUGCAACACAAACUGUGUAUACCGUUGUACAUUAGUUGGAGCUCCUGCAACAAAGGAAUAGUAAAACUACACAAACGCUUUCCAAAAGUUCUAGAUUUGAAGUUUUCGUGACUGCAAGGGUCCAUACUCUUUGGUUUUUUCGGUAAAGUCACGUAGGCUAAGCUUCCGUCUGAAGAUCGAAGCUUGUGUUGCCUCCGAAACAUUGUGAUUUUUUAUUUUUUUACCUAUGUGACUUUAUCGAACAAACCAAAGAGUAUCUUUCCAAAAGCCCUCUCGUGGCGAGCAGACCUCGACAUUGGCAUUUAGCUCCUCAACAUUGCCAUCGUAUGCAACCCUUUAUUAAUUCUGACCUUACUCCCUCCCUUUGAUGCUUCUAAUCCUGCAUAAUGCAUGGGUAUAAUGACUUUAAACCCCUCGCCAAACCUCCUACGCAUUUCACAAGUAGUGCUAAUCGCAUAUCUGCAUUUCCCAUACAUAUGCUAAAUUCCUCUUGAUAUGCAAAUUAUUUUGUCAAGACGCUCUUCGCCCCUCCAUCCCAGCAUAAAUAGUUGCUCCAAGCCUGGAGCGUGCCAUUCAGACUGUCUACUUGACGGACCUGUUCUCCACCUGAGGACGGCUGCUUGCGUUGUGGCUGAAACGUCGUGAUAAUUAUUUUAUUAUGUUUUAUUUUUAUUAUUUUAUUACUUCCCUUCUACGUGACUUUACCGAAAGAACCAAGAAGAAAAAACUGACACCUUUUUUACAAGGAGUCAUGUUUGCAUGAAUCCUUGUAAAAAAGGUGUCAGUUUUGUUGCCAGAUAGAAGGGUAAACCAAUUAUCAAAUUGUAACCUUGUGCAUAAAUGUUGUUUGUAAUGCAGAUUUCAAAUAAUUAUAAUUUGCAAUGAACAAAAGGUCACUUAAAUUUACAUUUUUCAUAUUUGUAUACCGAGCCAGCACUGGAAUUACACUUUCAAGCCACAGGGUUGGAUGGUCUGAAAAGCAUUGAAACAUUUCAUUGUUUGCACUGGGCCCUAUGCUCCCUAUGCCUAAAUCGAGUCGUGCAUUUAAAAAUAACCUUCAUUUUAUAUAGCGUCAUUUAUGCUAAUAGCAUCCCGUAACACAUCAAGACGUGAAUAUUUUAAAUUGACGCACAUUAAAAUUUUAUCUUGUUUUUGCUGUAUUCAUUAUCAGUCGUAAUCUGGUCUCCUGCUGGAUGAAGGCCUCGUGACAUUACCAUCAUCCCUCACGAUCCCACAAUCGAGGCAUCUUCUCUCCUAGGACUGUUAUUCCGUCACCCGUUUUGCUGGUCCAUUUGUAGCAAUGUGUCCUGCUCAAGCUUACUUUUAUUUGUUUAAAAAUAAAUACCGUGUGUCAAUACGCAUGUCUUAUCCAUACAUGAACACUGUAAUGAUAAUACUUCCAAGCAUGCGUGUUGUCAUGCUUUGUGCAGUUUUCUGCUUUCGUUGUUUUCAAUCCAAAGUCGUGGAAGGUAAUAUGCACGAUUUAAAAACGUUCCUCUGUGUCGUGUUAUAUUUCCGUUGUAACAGAAUCUUCGCUUGUAAUGAAUAGCAAUGAUAACCAUGUGUAAACGUCCGUUAUCGGAUUAAACAAAACGCGUUCCUUCGGAGUGGGCAGGUAGGAACUUGGUUGGACGGCGCAUUCGUGCACGAUAGGCAUAACAGACAGACAAAUAAUCCCUGGUGGGCAGUGUGGAACCUGUUGUUCCUCCCUGUAGAAUUUGGUGAUGCUGCAUUGGCAGUGGUGCACAAUGUAAAACUUAGGUUCGUCAAUCGUGCUGCAAGUGGUGGCGCACACCGGUAGUACUGCAGCGUGUGUUGCUGGAUAACACAAACGUGUGAAAGUCAGACCCCUCCUCAAAUAUGACGUCACAAAGCUCUGCCCCCCCCAACCAUAUUUCCAUUUUGAAAAUAAAACUUGCUUAAAAUCGCUUUGAAACUAUUGUCAUUGUAGUGCGUAUUUAAUGAGGCGCUGCACUCUGUUGUAGGAGAAAACAUUUAUUAAAAAGUCUAAGUAGAACGUGUUGUCCAUAUUUAUUUAAAGUUGCGCAUUUUGAAGUGACGUCACAUUUGUCAACCCCCCCCCUCGUCACACAUCGUCACAAAUGUCUGACCCCCCUCCUCGGUGCGUGACGUCAUUUAUGGACGGCCCCUAAGAGUAACACGGCGGCAUACCCUCUGGUGUCUCCCGCCACCUGUGUGCGUACAACCUGUCUCGCCAAACCUUUACGUUAUAUUCGUUAGAUGGGGAAAUGGUUUCGAUUUAAAGCUUUCGUGACUGCAGGGAUUCAUCUUCUUUACCGAAAGAACCAAGAAGGGGAAAUGGUUCUUGCCUAACACGUUUUUAUUAAAUCUGUAUCCUCAAAUCUUGCAACUCAAUUUUUAGCCACUUUCCAAUGUAGUAUCUACUGCAAACUUGGUAUACUUAUGUCAUACUAAUGACAAUACUAUAUUCUAUCAUAAAAAAUAAUAUUUUGAAACAUUCUUAUUUAUAUGUUAUGUUUCGGCUUGGGUCUAGUUGUCCACGCUCAACUGACGUUGGCUGUAAUUGCCCACAGUCCCUUACGUUAUAGGCAAGCUUCGGGGCCAAUUCCUGGAGUCGUGGAGUUCUUCCAUUACUAGUAUGGUACAUUUCAUAAAAAGUGUUUUUCUAAAAGUUUUUUUAAAUAUUACUUUUUCGCUUCACGCGGCUUAGGAACGCAUCUACCGCGUUAAACGAGGAAUUGCUGUACAAACAAAAUGCAACAAGUACCAUUGUAUCUUAAUUUUCGUGAAGCUUUUAGAUACGUUCGCAAAAAGAUAACAUGCAUGCUUUGUUUACUUUUAACAUGAGCUACUUGAGCAUCGGCAAACUUUGUGUAGACUGCAUUUUGUUCAUAUAAAAGGCAAAUACAAGUUUAUUUG